AUGGACCCUGCCUACAUUCGUGAUGGGAUCUCUGUUUUAACAGGGAAAGACAGUUUUGUGUUGAUCCCCAAUGCAAAGACUUGGAGUGAGGCUCAAAGGUUCUGCAGAGAGCAUCACACAGACCUGGCCAGUGUGAGGAACCCGACUGAGAACCAAAGGGUUCAGAGCUUGGUUCCAUCUGGAGCUGAUGCUUGGAUUGGCCUGUUCAGAGACGCCUGGAAGUGGUCAGACGGAAGUAACUCAACAUACACAUAUUGGGCAGAUUCUGAGCCAAAUAAUAUUAACAGACCGGAGAACUGUGGCGAAUUGAAGAUGUGGACGGGGCAAGUGGGCAGAUGGAAUGAUGGUAUCUGUUCAGCCGAAAAAAUGUUUUUAUGUUACACUGUGAGGAGCAAGCAGAUUGUGAGAGUGGAGUUCCAAGUUAACUCCAGCCUGCCCCUUAGCGAUGCUGAAUUUCAGGAGAGGCUCAUGGAUCAGAUCAGAAGGAAACUGCAGGAGGGGGGGCUGCCGGCGGACGCUAAACUGACCUGGAAAAAGCAGCCUGAUGGACAGAUUUUCCACAAGAAGAAUGAGAAGAAGGAGAAAAAAGAGAGGAAGAGGAAGAGCAAAGAUGAGUUUUGAAGCUCAAUAAAUCUCAGAGAGCAGGAGAGUGAGAGAGAUGAGAGAGGAGAGGAGAAACUGUAUAUAUUGAAAUGCGACUUAAUUCUUGUGUGGCCUUAAUAAGAUUUAUUUUGGUUUGCAUGGAUCAGCAUAUGUUUUACUGUUGACAGAGUUUUUAGGUGACAAUAAGGAUGGGUAGAAUCAGAUUUUCUGUGCGGGGAAUGGGCAAAGCAGCAAGGAGAAAUGAAGAAAGAAAAACUUCUGAUGGUUGUAGACCUAAUAUCUGCCUGGUGUAAUUUCUAUAUUUAUCACUUGUGCUCAUUAUAUUGUAUGCACAAAGAAUUCUUUGGUUUUGCUGUGAGGAUGCCAACAUCUUAAAGGAGCAAUGUGUAGUGGAAAACAGGGGUGUGUGCCAGAAGAUGAAGUCUAAACACGUCUAUCACUUUUGAACUGCCCAUAAUAUUUGUGAAAAUACAGAAAGCUUUUUUAAAACAUGUGUUUAGAUGUAAUGCCUGCUAAAUGCAAUGGAUUAACCACUGUACACCCAUAUGCUUUUAUUGUAUGUGCAGGGAUGGAUUAACGAA